GAGGGUCUGUUGCUCGGUCAGAGAUCCGAGAUUGCUGGGGACUGCAGGCCACUGACGCUUCAGGAUGAAAGCUGUGGUGCUGACCUUAGCUGUGCUCUUCUUCACGGGGACCCAGGCCCGCCAUCUCCUGCAACAUGAUGACGCCCAGAGCUACUGGGACAAUAUAAAGGACUUGGCCAUUACCUACGCCGAGACACUCAAGGACAGUGGCCGAGACCAAGUGGCCCAGCUAGAGGCGUCCGGUGUGGCCAAACAACUCAACCUGAAACUCCUGGAUAACUUCGACACGGUGAGCACCAGCCUGACCAAGCUUCAUGAGCAGUUGGCCCCGGCGGCUCAGGAGUGGUGGGACAAAGUGGAGAAGGAAACGCAAGAUCUGAGGUCGUCGGUGAACCAGGAUCUGGAUGCAGUGAAGGAGAAGGCGAAACCCUACCUGGACGAGUUCCAGAAGAAGGUGCAGGAAGAGGUGGAGGUCUAUCGCCAGAAGGUGGCACCCUUAAACACCGAGUUCCAGGAGAAGCUUCGGGAGUUGCAGGACAAGAUAAGGCCGCUGGCCGAGGAGUUGCGUGACCAUUUGCGGGGAGAGGUGGAGAAGCUGCGGCAGAAGUUGGCACCCUACGGGGACGACAUGCGCCUGGUGGUGGGGCAGCGCCUGGAGGAGCUCAAGGCCAACAGCGGCGUCCUGACCGACUACCAUAACAAGGCCAGCGAGCAUCUGGGUGUCCUGCGUGACAAGGCCAAGCCUGUGCUGGAGGACCUGCAGCAGGGCCUCAUGCCCGUGUGGGAGAACAUCAAGACCAGCGCACUGUCCACCUUGGAGCAUUUACAAAAGCAGCUGGAAAGCCAGUGAACGCCGGGGUUCUGACCCCCUUUCCUAGAAUAAAGAUUUCCAAAGCGG